AUGUCAAAGGCAAUACUACCAUCUUCUGCCGCUCCAUUUGCGCCCCGAACGUACCCCAGUGUGGUCCUGGAUUACAAAAUCCCGCAGUGGUUGACGGCAACGCUUAAGCGAGUGAGACCGGCCGGGCGAAGCCUGAAAAGCCUUAAACAGCAUACCGAGAGUCUGGCCAAGAUACUAUCAGCAGAGAGUGCAAUCUGGGCGUUGUGUUCGGUGAUGUUGGGAAGCCCGCCUGGGAUGAUCCACAUCGAGGCAUAUGUCGUGCAUGUCGACAUGGUCUUUCGGAACGAGGUGUCUUUUAAGCUAACCGAAGAGACGCUCGAUGCCCUGGAAAGCUUCCAUAAAGAGUUCCAACUGGCUGUCACAGCUUCUUACGCCGGGAACUGGCCUGGAAAGGAAGCUCAGCUGAAGAACUUACAGAAAGACUUUGUCCAAGCCGUCAAUAUGUUCGUGUACCGGACUAACGCCGAGGCUUUGGAUGAACUGGAGGAUGAUGGCUCUGGAGAGUUACUCUGUGGCAGCAGUGAGGAUGCCAAGGCAGCAAUUUCCCGUCUUUUUGUGCCAAUGAUGCCUCCACCGCAUGCUGUACAUUUCCUAUGCCCAGUAGUUCCUUAUCUCGAUGGGACUAAGCCAAGCGCACACAGACCUAUCCAUCUGUUCGAGAAAGACAUGUUACGGAGUACUCAACCAGGUAUUCGCACGUCGAAUACCAAGGACCAUCACAAUACAGGGCUGGGUGAUGGUUUGGACAUCAUUGAUGCUGCAUUUUCGCCGAUAGAUCUGGUUGGCGGCCCGCUCUUCACUGGCGAACCCGUCCCAGAUAUCCAUCCGAUUUCUCAUAUGCCGAUGUAUCGCUCAAUCACGGCAGCAAAUGUGGAGCCUUUUGGUGGAAGUCCCUCUUCCUUUCGUUGA